AUGCCUCAACAGAACCCCUCAAGCACGCUCGGCUACGAUCGACCUGUCGAAGAUCAAAGCAAAGCUCUUGCUCGACAACCUCAAUCGAAAGAGAAGAAACUUCCAACCUACGCCGAAGUCCCAAACAAGCAAGGUCCUGUCGAGAUUCUCGAGAAAGAUUCUGCCUCGCAAUCCACAAAGUCUUCCAAGUUCUCGUCGCUCAGGUCAAUGUUCAGGAGUGACAAGAAGAGCGAUACCACGUCCAUCUUAUCCAAAGACAGCUCAAGCGAGAAGUCGACGGUCGCGGGUGAGUAUCUUUCUCCACCAUCCCUCACUGUGGUCCAAUGGGCUCAUGACUGGCCUAGACAGUGUUCACAACGACAAGUCGAAAUUGAGAGCAGGAUAUGGCCUGGACGGGGCGUUUUACCGUGGAAGUCGCCUGCUCUGA